AUGCAAGACCCGAAUCUCCCGGCGGAGCGCAUCGGGGACCUUUGCAGGCUUGCGAUACAGAAGAAGCUCACCAAGGAGCUGGAGGUCCAGUUCUCCGAGAAGGCUGACAUUCCACAAGAGGAGUCUUUGCUCUUGGAGGAUCUGCAAGAUCAUGAUGCUCCAGCCAUUUGGGUGUGCAACGGCCGACGGAUCGAUCUGGAGGCAGGAGGCGCUCCGAUCUCCGCGCGACAUGUCCAUGCGCUGGAGCUUCUUGAGGGCCAAUACGAUCUCUCGAAAAGCGCCAGCGAUGACGAGAGCGAAGAGGCCCAGGAGGAAGAGGCCAAGGCCUUGUCUCAAUGGCUGGAGAUCGACGGAAACGAGAGCACCGGGAGCCUGCCAGCGAGCGUCUACGGCCUGGUGGCGGCGAUCCGCUCUGAGGUUCUGUCACAUGCCAAGCAUGACAGGUUUACUCAGCCUGCGAAGAUCUUCAAACGGGCACCACCAGCCUUCAGGGUGAAGAUUCCACCGGCACAGCCGGAGGGUGCAUCACCCAUCACGGUCUAUGGCAUUUUGGAUCCGCUGAGUACCACGGCGCAAAGCGCCUCAGCAGCCCUGGCGCUCUUUGGGAUGGCCUUCAAUGCUGAGGUGAACUUGGUCUUGAACCCGCCGAUGCAGGUGGAGGAGUAUCCCCUCAAGCGCUACUACCGGGAGGUAGUCCGCUGGCCGGAAAGAUUGGCCGAUGGACGGCUUCUGGCGGAGGUGGCGCAGGAAGCCAACCAGCAGGUCGGUCGAGGCCUGGCAGAGUUCACCCUGGCCACGCAGCACACGCUGACGGCGGCGGUCCACGCCUUGCCCACCUGGCUCGUGACGGCUCACGAGGCGUUGCACGACAUGGACAACCUGCGGCCAGUAGACGUGCUAAGCAAAGGGGGUCAUUGCCAGACCACGUAUGCUUUGCGACAGCUGUACGUGGAGGGGCAAGCAAUGAUCCUGGGUGCACAGGGUUGGCCCAUCGCCACUGCCAAGGGCAUGCAGUUUGAGAUCACUGGCAAGGGCGCUUUGGAGGCAUCCGACGACACCAUCGUCAUGGGCAACUUGGGAUACUUUCAGGUACGUGGCGACCCUGGACUUUACAAAGCCUCCUUGAAGUCCGGCCCCUCCAACGAGACCUUUGAAUUGGUGACGAGGAAUGACCUGGAGGCCUUCCGGGAAGAUUGCGCGCGGAUUUGGGGGAAUCUCUAUGACUACUCCACCGCCAAGUAUCAAGACAACCACACCCCUGUGCUCAUCCGGUGCCCGCUGCACGGCAUCUUUCGGAUGAGGCCACGGGACCAUCUGCAACGGCGUUUGGGGUGCCCCAAGUGCGGAAGUUCGGUUCCUGGAUCUGUGCACGACACUGCAGCCACCUUGGCACGUGCGCCUUCGGAGACCGCGCCCCGCUGGGGUCAGCACCGUUUGCAGUCCUACUCCGUAGCCGAGCAGAUCGCAGCCGCUGCACUCCGUAGCCGUGAACACACGGAGCCCCGCUGGGUGGCAGAGAUUGGCGUGGGCACUGGCGUGCUCACCAGCGCCUUGUUGAAGCGAUUGAGAUCGACGUCGAAGAGUGGCGGCGUGGUGGGCUUUGAAAUUGAUGAGGAGAUCCUCAAAGAAGGCUUCUCUAAGGGCGGCGAGCUCCAUCGUCACCGCGCCCAAUGCUACGACCUCACGGAGGACGCAAAGAGCUGCACUCGAGCAGACUGGGCCGCGAAGCUCAGCGACGGAGAAAGCGAGGGCAGCCGGCUGCGGUGUGUGAUCCUGAAAGGCAACGUGUUGACGUGCCAGAUUCCCUUGCAGUGCCAGACCUUGGUUGGGAACCUCCCCUAUGGCAUCAGCAGUGCGUUGCUACGACACUUCCUGCGGCAGGACCCGCCUUUGCGGCGGAUGGUGUUGAUGCUACAGAAAGAGUUCGCUCAGAAGCUCUUGGCCAAGCCAGGCAGCUCCAAGUUUACCGCUUUGUCAGCCCUUUGUGCUGCCUCUUGCACCUCCCAGGUGCUCAUCGAUCGCUUGGGGCCGGAGCUCUUCCAGCCACCGCCGCGGGUGGAUUCGCAGGUGCUGCUCCUGGAGCCCAAGCAGGCUCGUGGUGCCUUGCGGCCCUCCUUCGAACGGCUUUGUCAUGCCUUGCUGCCGCCGGACUCGCGACGUUCCGCCGAUCUGCCGCUGCAGUCGGCGCUGGAGGCCGUGGAGGCGGAGGGGAAGUCGCUGGAGCUGCCGCCUCGCUGGCGCGUGGCCUUUGGCCCUGCGGGCGUGGACCCAGCGAUGCGCACGUCUCAGCUCUCCGUGGAGAAUCUGCUGGCGCUGAGUGACGUGCUGGAUGAGCUGAGUGGAAGAGCCAAAACGGAAGUGGCCGCCAGUUCGGGGAACGUCUCCUCCUACAUCACACCGCCUCACCAGCUGCGCGUGAAGAUGCGCCCCGGCAAGAGCCACGACGCCCUCUUCGCGGAGGAGGGCACUAAAGCACGGCGCCGGGCACGGGGGUCCAGGAUCAUGAGUGCCUUGCAGUCAUUGCUUGGAAGCUCUCAGGCGGAUCAAGCUUCGGUGGUGAAGAAGGCUGCCGAUGGAGAGGAGACCGUCCACAUUUUCAGUGUGGCCUCGGGGCAUCUCUACGAGAAACUCUUGGGCAUCAUGAUCCUCUCAGUGAGGAACAAUACUCAGAAUCCUCUUCACUUUUGGUUCAUCGACAACUUCCUCUCGCCCAAGUUCAAGGCCUUUAUUCCCUGGCUGGCCGCAAGGUACGACUUCAAGUACGACUUCGUGACCUACAAAUGGCCAUCAUGGCUAAACCCACAAAGCGAAAAGCAGCGCUUGAUUUGGGCAUACAAGAUCCUUUUCUUAGAUGUGCUUUUUCCGCAGGAUGUGCCGAAGAUCAUUUUCAUAGAUGCUGAUCAGGUCGUCCGGGCAGAUGUGAAAGAGCUCUGGGAACUGGAUCUCAAGGGGAAGGUCUAUGGCUUUGUCCCCAUGGGCGAUUCCAACCCCGACACCGAGGGCUUCCGGUUUUGGAAGCAAGGCUAUUGGAAGAGCCACUUGCAGGGCCUUCCGUAUCACAUCUCGGCGCUUUUUGUCGUGGACCUGUUGGAGUUCCGGCGGACUUCAACGGGAGAGACCUUGAGGGGCGUCUACAACCAGUUGAGCAGAGACCCCAACUCCUUGGCGAACUUGGACCAGGACCUGCCCAACUUUGCACAGCACCAGGUGCCGAUCUUCACCCUGCCCACCGAAUGGCUGUGGUGCGAAACCUGGUGCUCUCAGGAGAGCAAGAAGUUAGCAAAGACCAUUGAUCUUUGUCAAAAUCCUUUGACCAAGGAGCCGAAAAUCGUCAUGGCCAAGCGCAUCAUCUCGGAGUGGCAGACGUAUCACAAUGAGGUGCAAAGCCUGCAGGAGGAGCAUGACGAUGCAUCCACCAGCAUGCCGCCUGGAAAGGUGGAGCUGUAG